AUGAUAACUGCGGUGGCCCUAGCGGCCUUGCUUCCGCUCUUGCCCUGUGUUCUGACACAGGAGUCUACAACUGAACUCUUCAAAGAAGAUCCAUUACCCACAAAUGAGACGCCAGUCUUGCCCACGCUUCCUACCACCACAACGGAAGCGCCAAAGAAAUAUGCAGGCACGUAUAUGGUUGUAGCUCCAGCCGUCGUGCGGCCUGGGCUACCCUAUGCUGUAUCCUUCAAUAUUCUGAAGAGUCCAGAAGAGGAUCAUAUUGUACGAGUGCAGAUACGAACGGAACAGAAUGACACAGUUGCGACAAGAGUUGUGAAAAAUGUACGACAAGGUGUUCCACAAACCGUAACUAUAGACACAGUCUCGGCCGAUCUAUCACCAAGCAUGAACUAUAAAGUAAGUAGGCAAAGUUAUUGUAUUCGCAGAUUUCUCUAACC